AUGCAUCCACCUGGACACAAAUGGUCCACGUUUACCACUGUGCAGCCACAUCCUAUCAUUGAGUUGUACAAGUGGCUGUGGUCAAAAUCUGUCCCUCUAGGGGCCAGGUUUCUGCACAGACGUUCUCGCUGUAGGGCUCUGCACGUCCCUGUGUAUGAGACCUUAAAGAAAAAGCUCUGUUACAGGAUGAGUAACUAUACCAACCUGUUGGGGGUGCAAUCUGUCAUGAAAGUCCAUAAUCACAAGAGAAUUGCUGUAGCCAGCACCAACACCAUGCCUACAAACAUGGGAUACAUGUCUGAUCACAAGCUUUGCAUACACAAAGGGAAGUACUCUAUGGAACAAACCGCAAAUACUCUCCUACAUAUUGCAGCCUCUGAUGUAGAAACUUUAAAAGAAGGGAUCAAUUUCUUGAGAAAUAAGGAAACUGGUAAAAAUUUCAUUUUGUUUAAAAAUGAGGAUGAGUUACGAGCAUGUAAGAAUCUAUGUAAACACCAAGGAGGAACCUUCAUAAAAGACAUUGAGGAUCUAGAUAGCAGCAUUUUACGUUGUACUAAGCACAACUGGAAAUUAGAUGUGAGCUCCAUGAAGUAUGUCAACCCACCGGACAGCUUCUGUCAAGAAGAACUAGUCAUUGAAAAAGAUGAAGACAACGAUCUUUCACUUGUGGAACUGAAUCCUCCAAAUCCCUGGGAUAUGGAUCCAAAGGUUCCAGUAGACUUGGAAGUGGGAGAGUUACAGAUUACCUAUUUAACUCAUGCCUGCAUGGAACUGAAGCUGGGGCAGAAAUAUAUGGUAUUUGAUCCUUGGGUGAUUGGUCCUGCCUUUGCUCGAGGAUGGUGGCUACUUCAUGAGCCCCCAUCUGACUGGCUGGAGAGGUUGUGUCGUGCUGACCUCAUUUAUAUAAGCCACAUGCACUCUGAUCACCUUAGUUAUCCUACACUCAGGAAGCUUGCUGAGAGAAAACCAGAUGUGCAGAUAUUUGUUGGAAAAACAGAACGGCCUGUGUUUUGGUACCUGGACAAGAGUGGUGUUACUCUGACAAAUGUCAAUGUUGUCCCUUUUGGAAUCUGGCAGCAGGUGGAUGCAGAUCUCAGAUUUAUGAUACUGAUGGACGGAGUUCAUCCUGAAAUGGACACUUGUAUUAUUGUAGAAUACAAAGGUCAUAAAAUCCUCAAUACGGUGGACUGCACUCGGCCUAACGGUGGAAAGCUACCCACAGAUGUUUCUGUGAUGAUGAGUGACUUUGCUGGAGGUGCAUCUGGGUUUCCAAUGACAUUCAGUGGUGGAAAGUUUACAGAGGAAUGGAAGUCACAGUUCAUAAAGACAGAGAGAAAGAAACUUCUGCAUUACAAAGCCCAGCUUGUAAAAGACUUGAACCCUCGCAUUUAUUGCCCUUUUGCUGGUUACUUUGUGGAGGCACACCCAUCAGAUAAGUACAUUAAAGAGACAAACCAUAAAAAUGAUGCUGCAACUUUGAAUCAGCUGAUAAGUAAAAUGUCAAAUGUUUUAACCUGGACACCAAAGCCAGGAGCAGUGCUGGAUGUUGGCAGGCUAUUGAAAGAGCCAUGUGACAGGGAGACCAUUGUUGAUCCACCAGAAGGCACAAAAAUCUUCAAAGAUUCUUGGGACUUUAGUACGUACCUGGAUCCCAUGUCUACUUCGUUUACCGAUGAGAUCUUUAACUAUGCAUCUUGGAUUAAAGAAUAUUUCACAUGGGCUGGGUUCAAAGGCUAUAACUUGGUUGUCAGGAUGAUUGAAACUGAUGAUGAUUUUGUUGACUUGCCUCGCGGGUUCAACUACUUGGUGGAUUUCUCAGACCUCUCUUUUCCUACUGAUAGACCAAGCCGGGACCAUCCUUAUGAAGAAAUAAGAAGUAGAGCUACGGUCAUGAGGCAUGUCGUGAAAAACGGUUUACUCUGGGAUGAUUUAUACAUUGGAUUUCAAACACGAAUUCAAAGAAACCCAGAUAUCUACCAUCAUCAAUUCUGGAACUAUUUUCAGAUCAAGCUUCCUCUAACACCACCAGACUGGAAUGCAUUCUUGGAACGAGAGAAACAAAAGGGAAGCAAUGCACAAAUGUGCAGCACAAUGUGA